CGAGUUCAGCGCCUCUCACGUACAGGGAAGCAAGCUAUCAGAAUAAUAGAAAUGGCGAUACAGUUCAGUUCAUGUGAAUAUCGUGUGCAGUUAAUAUUGAACGUACUCUGGUUUAAAAGAUUAUUGUGGUGUAAUAUUGCUUUACCAUCAUUCUAAAUCACAAAGUUCUUAAAAAUGGGUGAAAUUGUUAGUAAUUCAGACGUAAUUAAUGAGGAAAUGCAGUCAGUUGUGGAUCUUCCCAAAGAUGACGUAGUAGAAGCGACGCAAACCCAAACGAGUGCAUCCGUUAAACCCGACCAAAACCCGAAGAUAGUCGAUCAUCACAUUCCACAGAAAAAGAGAAAGACGAGGCGCGGGAAAUCCAAACGUAAGCAGCCUUAUAUGAAGAGCAGAUUACCGAAUGUUAUAAAACCUGAAGCUCCUCAUAAUAGUAAUCAAUUCUUGUUAGAAGAUCAUUGUGAUUUCGACAACCUAGAUGAGCGGCUCUUGAAUAAAACUAAAGCGUCUGGUUCCAUUUUUAAUAGAAACAGAGAUUCAAGUCUAAGUGUAGACUCUGAUGGCGAAUUCUAUUCAUCUCCAGAUGAUGAGGAACAAUUUUUAAUUAAAGAUUUCGACAACCAAUACGAAACUGUUCAUGCUGAGCACCUGAAUAAUAUGUCAAAAACUGAUUUAAUUCAGGAGUAUCUUGGUCUUGAAAAGAAAGUUGAGUUAUUAUCGAAUAUUUUGAGAAAGCGCACUGAAGGAGAUUAUGAUAGAACCAAGAUUGAUUUGCAGAUGGAAGUUCAACAGUUGAAAUCUGAAAAUGAAACUCUCAAGCAACAAAAUCAAGAAUUGCUUGCAAAACUUUCCAAUAAGUCGAACAGUAGCAGUAGUGAUAGUUCAUCCGAUUCUGAAUCAGAUUCUAGUUCAUCAAGUUCAAGCUCUAUGAGCUCGUGUGAUAUGAAUGAAGCAGAAAUGCUGAAUAAUUCCUCGAAUAAUAUGGAGAACAUUGAUAAUCGUAAAUGUGUCAACCUUAGUUCUUAAACCAGUUCUUUGAAAGAAAAUUGUUGAAAAUUUUAAAUUGUUCUCAUUUUUUUGUGUUUUUCCGCAUAGAAAUUUGUGACACUAAAUUGUAAUUUUGUAAAUAUAAUAUGUAAUUUUCUAGUUACAUUUUUUUUAUAUUUUUAAAGAAAAUUUAAUGUGUUAAUAGUUUUAAGAAAAUAUUUCACUUGUUGUUUUGAUUUUAAUAAAAUAUAUAUACUUAAGAAAAAGGAUAUGAAUUGUUGACAGAAUACAAGAAAAUUUAAGUUGAUGAAUAUUUGGAAAGUACAUAACAUCUGAAAUAAAUCUAAAAAAGUCUAAAAUAUUCCAGACAGAAAUGAAAGAGUAGAAAAUAAUAAAAUCUGCUGUGAUCAAUAUGCAUUUACUGAUUGAAGUAGUUUUUUAAUUUGAUCUCUGAGAUUUCAGUUAGGUAGGUGUUUGCUCAACAGUUAGUACCUAUGCAAAAAAAAUGGCAAAGAACAUCAGCAAAUCAUUUGAUUCUGUUAUAGGAUAAGCAAAAAUUUCAUAACUAGUCAUUUAAAAUUUCUUACUUUAUAAAUAUUAAAAAUUUUCAAUACA